UAUAUAGUUUCGUUAAACGCAACUUUAAAGUUGCGCAUGUGAUCGAUGGUGCGAUUAAAUAUAAGGAAGCUUCCUUUCUGCGCGCAUGUUAGUCUUGCAGCCCGCCUGGACUGAGCAAGGUAGCGGUCUGGUGUGAGUCUCCGUCUGGCAUCAGCAGUGACAUCGCCGGCGCGUGGCUGCCGAAAGGCGAUCGCGCGCGGCUCGGACGCCGCCGCCGUCACUCGUGGGCAGAUUUGCGUGGGCGCUGCUGUGGAAUAACGGAGGAGCUGAACCCGGGGAGAUGCAUCCACGACACUGACUCCGGGAUCCCGGCGCUCUCACUAACGAUCUAUGGACGCUGCCGUAUUCUCCGCGCUGGUCCUCGGCUUCUUUGUCACAGGCUCAGCGUGGAAACCUGACUGAGGAGAGACACGAAAAUGGUUUUGUAGUCAGUCUUCUGCACGGCAGGUUACAACAGUUAUUGCACCAACCAGACAGACCGUGGAAUCAAUGACAUAAGGUUUCUGGUGCUUAAAUCUCCUGAGAAGCAACACAGUUUGACUGAGGAUCUUGUAUUUAUGAGGAAAGACAUUCCAUUUUCAAGCCACUGAAUGAAAGUCUUGUUUACCCCUGGCAACCGAAGAUGAUGUUACUAUGGAAACAACUACUUCUGCAAUCAAUCAUGGGCUGUCUGGCAGCCUUUUUGGAUGACAGUGAGUUCCAUGGGCCCAGAUGGCGGCUGCAGCCCAGCGACGUGACGCUUCCCGUGGACGACCCCGAGCAGGAGGCUGUGCUGCCGUGCCAGGCGGAGGGACUGCCUUCUCUCCAGUACAGGUGGUCCGUGAAUGGGACACCAGUCGAUUUCAGCACCGACGGCCGGCGCCGCCUCUCCGGGGGGAAUCUCAUUAUCGGGCAUCCGGAUCGGACCUGGGACGCUGGGACAUACCAGUGCAUAGCUACUAAUUCAGUGGGAACAAUCCUCAGCAGCAGAGCGACCUUGUGGUUUGCAUAUUUGGAGAUGUUUAAGAGUCAGACGAGAAGCGCUGUCUCUGUUCGGGAAGGACAAGGCGUCGUCCUGUUGUGUGGGCCACCUUCUCAUUCUGGGGAACUUACUUUCACAUGGGUCUUCAAUGAGUACCCAAACUUCAUCCAGCAAGACUCCCGUCGCUUUGUGUCCCAGGUGACCGGAAACCUGUACAUCGCCAAAGUGGAGCCGUCAGACGUUGGCAACUACACCUGCGUGGUGAUCAACAGUGUCACCAAAGGCAAAGUUCUCAGCUCGUCCACACCACUGGUGCUGAGAACUGAUGGAGCAAUGGGUGAAUAUGAGCCCAAAAUAGAAGUUAAUUUUCCAGAGACCGUCCCAGCUGCAAAGGGAUCAGCUGUUAUGCUGGAAUGCUUUGCCCUCGGAAAUCCAGUUCCCGAAAUCACAUGGAGGAGAGCCAAUGGUGUCCCAUUUCCGAGCAAAGUGAAGGUGCAGAAGUCGAGUGCGGUCCUGGAAAUCCCCGACUUCCAGCAGGAAGACGCAGGGGGCUAUGAGUGCGUUGCCGAAAACACCAGGGGCAAGAACGUGGCAAGGGGGCGCCUGUCUUUCCAUGCAAAGCCCCAGUGGAUCCAGACGGCGACAGACACGGCUCUGGCCAUCGGGGAGAAGCUGCUCUGGGAGUGCAAAGCCAACGGGAAGCCCAAGCCGUCCUACAGUUGGCUCAGAAAUGGAGAGACCCUCGCUACAGAGGGAGGAAGGGUCCAGGUGGAAAACGGAGCUCUAUCUAUAGCGGCAGUGAACCUUUCCGACGCCGCGAUGUAUCAAUGUGUAGCUGAGAACAAACACGGCGUCCUCUAUUCCAGUGCUGAGCUGCUGGUGCUGGCAUCACCUCCUGACUUCACUGGGAGGCCGCUGAGGACCUUGCUGAAAGCCAGGGCUGGCACUGAGGUUGUGCUGGAGUGCAGACCACAAGCGUAUCCCCAAGCGGUCACCCUGUGGAAGAAGGGCAAUGAGAUUCUGCACAGAACUGAGAGGAUUUUAUUGCUUCCUGGUGGCACGCUGAAAAUAAUCAACGUGACCAAAGCAGAUGGAGGAAGUUAUACGUGCAUGGCCAGAAACCAAUUUGGGACUGCAAGCACCACUGGGAGGCUCCUGAUCACAGAGCCCACAAGAAUCACCCAGGGACCUACGAACAUGGAGAUUAUCGUGGGUGAAAGCAUCGUGCUGCCCUGCCAGGUGACCAGUGACCCUGCCCUCGACGUCUCCUUCUCCUGGGUGUUUAACGGCCAGCUGGUUGACUUUCAGCAGGACAAGACUCACUUCGAGAGAGUAGGAGGGAUUUUUGCGGGGGAUCUGAUGAUCCGGAAUAUCCAGCUUGGUCACGCUGGGAAGUACAUCUGCAUCGUGGAUACGGAUGUGGAGAGUCUGUCAGCUGCCGCCGUUCUCAUGGUGAAAGGUCCCCCCGGGCCGCCAAGUGCAGUAACAGUGGAGGAGAUUACGGACAGCACAGCCCAGCUCUCCUGGAUGUCAGGCAGGGACAACUACAGCCCCAUCAAAGGCUAUGUCAUCCAAGGGAGGACUGCCUUCACUUUGGGAUGGCAAGCCUUGGACACAGUCCCAGAGGUCAUUUUUGGCAACACCCUGACAGCCACCGUAGUGGGCCUCAACGCCUGGGUGGAGUAUGAGUUUCGUGUGGUGUCCAGUAAUGCCGUGGGGGUGGGAGAGCCGAGCCCCCCAUCCGCCAAGACCCGAACCGAGGAUGCCGUCCCUGACACCCCCCCGACUGACAUCGGAGGUGGAGGCGGCACCCAGUCUGAGCUGGUGAUAACCUGGGAGCCUGUGCCAGAAGAACUGCAAAACGGGGACGGUUUCGGUUACAUCAUCGCGUUCCGGCCAGUGGGCGGGGCCACCUGGACGCGCGCCAUCAUAUCCACGCCAGAGGUGGCCCGCUACGUCUACAGGAAUGACAGCAUCCCACCGUUCUUCCCCUUUGACGUGAAGGUGGGGGCCUUCAACAAAAGAGGGGAGGGGCCCUUCAGUUCCAUAACCACCGUCUUCUCGGCAGAGGAAGAGCCCAGCGUGACGCCCGGGGGGGUUCUGGCCAGGAGUGUUUCCGCAUCGCAGAUUGAAGUCAGCUGGCGGCCACUUGCCUCUGCCCCCGAGAGAGUCCUCGGAUACGAGGUGACGUACUGGGAAGACGACACCAAGCCCGAUACGGUGGGGAAGGUGAGGGUGUUCGGGAACCAGAGCUCCGUUAACAUCAGUGCCCUAACUGGAAACAGUCAAUAUUUCCUGACGGUGAGCGCGUUCAACACGGCCGGGACUGGGCCGGCCUCUCCGUCUGUCAACGCCACUACAAAGAAGGCGUCCCCAGCACAGCCCCCCAUGAACGUGGAGUGGACGCUGAUUGGCGCCCAGCUCACCCUGCACUGGGACCCAGUGGUCGCUAUGGAGACAGAGUCAGAAGUCACAGGAUACCAGGUGUCAUAUCGAAGACACAGACACGGUGAAGUAAAGACCUUUAUGACAAACAAGACUACAGCAGAGCUGACCCUGCCAGCCAAUGAUGACUAUCUCAUCCAGGUCAGGGUGCUAAGCGAAGGAGGAGAAGGUGCUGCCACAGAACCCAUCCGAAUUCACAGACUGAGUAUGAGUGCUCGGGGGUCAGGAACGCAGCGCCCAGAUAACAGUCCCCCGUCUCUGGCCGUGGCCUUUGUAUUGUCCACCUUCUGCUCAUCGCUAUGGUGACUCAAACUCCGUCCAGCACAGCGCUGUCGAAGAUUUACUGGAGGAGCCCUUAUCCCUCUUCAGGGGGAUCAGUAUGGAUGCGUGACUAUCUCCUGCAGAAUCUUCUGGGAAACCUGGCAGCGAGCAUGACCGAGAGGGGUAAUCCAUACUGUAAACACGAGGCAAAGAGGGAAUUAUGAGUUUGGAUUUGUGUGCAUGCAGUUUUCCUGCUUAUCAUUGUGGGGCACAAGUGCCGUUCGACUGUGGAGCCGUCCCAGGAUAUUUGUAUACAUAUUUUCACGAGGGAGCACAUGUGUACCUGUUACUUAGUUAUUAACCCCAACAAUCCUUGAAAAAUGAUGAAAUGCCUUAAUUGCAUUUACAUACCAAAGUAGGUCAACACAUACUUGAUAAAUGUAUCAUAUUUGCUCACACUAGUAACACGCUAGUCUUAGUUUCUCCAUUUUUAAAUUACUCAUUAUAAAUGCUUUUGUGAUAUAUAUUUUUUUGUUUCAUUGAAAAAAAAGCCAGAAGCCAGUACUGUUGGAAACUGGGGGGGGGGGUGUUAUCAUGGGUCCAGCUACAUCGGGCUGCCUGCUACCGGUGAACAUGGGUGAUGGAAACAUUUUCUUAGGCUGGGGCUAUAUUACAUUUCUCUGUCAUUCCCACCUUACAAAGCUUUGCUUUCAUUGUCUCGAGUGCUCGAAUGUUUGCAUUUUUAUUGUGAAAGAGUUGUGUCAACAUAUGCACUUGUGUGUCUGUGAAGUUGUGCUCAUUGACUGAGAAAAAAAGUAAAGAAAGAGGGCUAGAUUUACGCAAUUCCACCAGUGCCUCUCUGAAAACACACGCUCCAUUACCCACAGUCAUUAAAGUCCAUGUGUCUCGUGAGACUGGCACAGCCUCUAGUGAAGGACUAUGCUCCCUAGGGUACAGUAGAUGUCAUGCUUUGCUAUUAUUAAUUUACAUAUACCCAAAAUUAUUACCUGUGCACAUUUGUAUUAUAUUCUUCAGUGGAUGGGAUGUUCGUAGAGAAACAGCUUGGUUUCACGAUCAAGCAAAGCACGUUUACAGAAAGGGCGUGUCGAGCAAGAAAGUAAGAUCCAAUCAAAGGGUUAGGCAGGUCGACCUGAAUGCAACGAUACUGGGCGCAGAGUGGUAUGGUGGGACUGCCGCACUGGACCCAGUUUGCUGAAGGGCUGGAGACCAGCGAGCAAGAUGUGGAGCAGCUGGCUUGCAGGCAGGCUUUGAGAUGACGGAGUGUGCAUCUUCUCAACCCUUAGAGCGCUUCACCUCAGCACAAGAAUAAUACAGAUUGGAAUUACUUGAAAUCCAUCUGGUGGUCUGAUAUGUGGCGUGAUUUAGGAGCUAAACGGACAUCUAAAUAAAUCACGGCUUGCUGAACGGGAUCUGAUGAGUAGAGGUGUGGAAUAAUGGUUGUCAGAUCAGCAGUAGAAGAUUAAUGGAUUGUCACUAUCAAACAGUGCUGUACCACGACUGUGCCCGGAGAUUUUUAUUUGUAUAUAAUAUUUUAUUUAUUUUUAUCUCUCUGUCAUUCUAAAGGCCGCAGGUCUGCUUGUGAAGCGUCUCGUGGUUUGUUUACAUGAAGGACACCCAAUUUGUAUAAGGAAAAAAAUUCAUUCUGUGCUGACUUGGUUGCUUGUAACUGGAGAGGAGUGAGGGAUAGGUUUGCUUCAGGGUCUUACAGAACAGCCCCCCCCCCCCACCACCACCAUCACAAGUUAUUUUAAAGGAGUGAAACAAACCAAGCGAGCCAAGCUCCCCAUCCUUUUGCAUAGACUGUGGAAGCAGAGCCUUAAGCCCAGAGACCCACUGCAUUUCCUCUGCCCUUGGUGUCACCCUCAGGUCUGUGUUCAGCCAUUAAAUUCUGCUGUAUCCAGAUAAAUAACAAAUUGAUUUUUCCAUCACAGCAUAACGGCUGUCGUAACUAAGAAUGAGCACGACUCACUGCUGUUAGUCCCAGUUCUUUUAACAUAUGAAACAUCCUGCUGGUACAUUAUUGUGAAUCAUCAAACAAGUGAUCAGAAGUUAAAAUCACCUUUGUCUAACCAUUGGAGAUGUUCAUUUAAAAGUAAGAUUGCUGACGGCUGCACAAGUGCUAUUUCGAAAUGUUUUAUUGGUAAAAAAAAAAAAUGAACUGCAUUGCUAUUGUAAUUACAUUAUUGCUAUUUAAUUGAUAAGCUUUUUAGUAAACUGUCAGUACAGAAACCUUAACAGGUUAUGGUCCUUGUCUUUGUAUUUACUUUUAUAUUUACAUAUCUAUUGAAAGGUCAAAUGUUGUACUAAAGGAAAAUAUUUCUUUUAAUUAUCAAUGUUACUUAUCAUUAUUAUUUAUUACCAUUAUUUUUUAUAAUAUACAAACAUACAUUUCUUUUACAUGCCUUGGUUCUUUAUCAUAAAAGUUGUAUUUUUCCCCCUGUCUUUCUAGGGCAGUGAUAGUACAGUAAAAUUCUUGAGGGCAGUUUACACUAAAGGACAAGUGUGACUUGAUGUUGGAGUUAGUAGGACUAUUAAAACAGAAGAAUGUAGUUUAAGCACUUUGUUAUUUUCAAUGGAAUGUGCCUGUCACUUUUUAUUGUAAUAAUGCCUGUUUUUGUAAUUUUUUUUAGUAUUCAAUAUUGUGUUUUAAUAAUGCAAUCCCUGUUAUACAUUUAUUAAGAGCGAAUUAGCUUUAUGUUUAGUCUGAUGAGCUCAUUUGAAAAGGCUUAAUUAAUCAUGUGUCAGCCCGGAAAUUUGCAUCCCCAAACAUAGACAGUUUUACCCACAAGGAAAAACAUGUGUACGUAAAAUUUGUAAAAUAUAUAUAUUUUGUACUAUCCGCAGUUCCAAAAGCCUGUCAGAUUCUUUUGAUCAGACAUGGUUUACCAACGCAAGACGUGAGUCUAUUUUUCUUUACAACAUUUGUCCUUUGCCUUUAAUACUACCACUGCGUUAAUGAAAUGGUUUUGUGAUCUCAAUGAGAUGGCUGUGUAAAACAGUACAGUUUUCAUAUUGAAAAACAGUGAGCUCAUCUUGUGUUCUGAAGCUCUGCAUGUAGGUUCUUUGGUGCAUUUGUGUAAAGUUUUAUAUUAAAAAAAAAAAAAUUAAAAA